CACAAUCGUCAGUUAUUGACAACCGAUGUUUUUUUGAAUUUUUUGGAGCGUAAAUAUUAACUUUUUAAGACGCCUGGUUCGAAAUCUCUUGACUGAAACCGAUAACGCGAGAUCACCUAAAUACUCGCUGUAGAAGACCUAAGCAUAGUAAAAAUGGCAGACCCAGCAAAGACGGUGGCCUUUAUAGGUCUAGGAGUGAUGGGUUAUCCUAUGGCAGUGAACCUUCGCAAGGGACUGAGUGCCGAAUACACGCUCCUGAUAUGCGACGUGAACAAAGACGCAAUCGCCAAGUUCCAAAAGCAGAUGGAAGGCAAGGGACCCGUUGAAGUAGUAGAGAAUGGACUCGAAGCUGUACAGAAAGCCAACAUGAUAAUAACCAUGCUCCCCAACUCCUCCGCCGUAAAAGCCGUCUACCUCUCCCCCACCACCGGCCUCCUACCCGGCGCCCUCUCGACCGCAUCCUCCUCCUCAUCCUCCUCCUCCUCCUCCUCCUCCUCCUCCGGCACCCCUCACCCCAAAAUGCUCAUGGAAUGCGGCACCAUCGAAACAGCCACCAUCCUGGAAGUCGCGUCCGCGGUCAAAAACACCACUCUCUUCUCCGGCACCCUCACAUUCGUCGACGCCCCCGUCUCCGGCGGCCCCAUGGGCGCCGAGGACGGCACACUGACGUUCAUGGUUGGCGCUGCGCAGACCGCGGAUUUUGAAACCGUGAAGGAGGUGUUGGCGCAUAUGGGGAAGCGGGACGCGGUGUUUCAUUGCGGGGACGUGGGGGCGGGAACGGCGUUUAAGAUUAUUAAUAACUACCUGUCUGCCAUCACGUCACUGGCGGCGUCGGAGGCGCUGAAUAUCGGAGCCAAGAUGGGGCUUGAUUUGAAGUUGUUGACGGAGGUUAUUAAUGUGAGCGGUGGCCAGUGCUGGGUUACUAGUAAGAGUAAUCCGGUGCCGGGCGUGCAGGAGAAUGUGCCGAGUAGUAGGGGGUAUGAGGGGGGGUUUCGGAUCGAGCUUUGUGAGAAGGUGUUGAGGAUGGGGGCGCAGUUGGCGGGGGAUGUGGGGGCGCGGACGGUGUUGGAUGGGCCGGCGUUGGGGGCUUUUGGGGAGGCGAUGCGGGAUGAGAGGUAUAGGGGGAAGGAUGCUAGGGUUGUUUAUAAGUGGUUGAAUGAGAGUGAGAGGAGGUGA